AUGGCAGCAGCAUGCGCCUGGACCUACCGAGUUGUGACGAAGCCGAACCCCAACCGCAUCGAUGGAAAGACCAUCUUGUUGACGGGCAUCACAUCUCGCAGUUGUGCUGCGAUAUGUCAGGCGUUGGCCAAGAAGGGAGCGACUCUGAUCCUGGUAGGCUCCAGCAGCCUCGAAGCGGAACCAAUCGUCCGUUCAAUCUCAGAGUUGGAGCUGGCUUGUUCCUUACAUGUUCGAAUCUGCGAUCUUAAGAACGGAAAAGAGAUCGAACAGAUGGCUUCAGAGAUUAUCAAGACUCAUGGUUUGCCAGACAUUGUCAUCCAUUGCAGCUGCGAUCUUCCGAGGACAUUAAAAUCUUUCCCUUCGACCACUAACUAUGAGAUCACGACGUCCAUCCAAGAUGGGCUUCUCAUGCCUAUUUUCGUCAGUCGAGCUUUCGUGAAGAGCAUGGUGCAGCGCAAAUCAGGAGCCCUAGUUUUUGUUGAGAACGCACUGUCAAAGGGGGUUUGGAGCGGAGCCGCAACUAUGGUAACGACGUCAGUUGGAGUGCGGGGGCUUGCAUCGGCUCUCUCAGCAGACGUGCGAGGUUCAGGAGUGCAGAUACAGGUCGGGACAUGGCAUCAGAUCAUGUGUAUCCCUAAGGCUCAUGGUCAGGAAAUCCUUGUUCCCACCAGAGAGACCGGAGAUCAUUAUGACAGUCAGGAUGUGGCCAACUUUGUGAUUGGCAGCAUCAGGAAUCGACUCGAUGUCGCAGCUUAUGGGUUUUGGUAUAACUGGUCAAUUUGGGAUGUGUUGGAAAAAGGGCGAUUUAGAUUGUUUCAGAUGUUCGGGUACAGGGCUUCCAGAUUUCAUGAUUUCAGACCAGCGGCUAUCUCUAAGAAAGAGGGGAUGGGCGAAACCCCCCGGGAUUCUCCUCGAAAGAUGCCGACGGAAGUAACAUCAGCCGCGGGAGAAUGGAUCAAGAAGGGAUCUCCAAACAAGAAUAGCGCUAGACCUCCUGUACCCAAGUGUUUGCCUGACGUGGUGGCGCCUUCACCCAGGGACGCUCUUGUCCAGGACGAGGUGGAUAAAUCAAAGACCGCAUGGAAAUCAAUUCCGGACGAUAACGAAGCUGCUUUGAAUCCUGAGCUGCCAAAAGUACUGUUGCUGGUUGGGAUAGGAAUCAUGCUCUCCGAAGAACACAACGGUUUGCAAAUUGUUUCCAUCAAUCCUGGCAGUCCAGCUGCUCAGUGCAAGGAUCUGUCGUGUGGGGAUGUUGUGAUUGCCGUCGAUGGGAUGAAUGUCAAAGGAAAAUCGUGCCAAGAAGUACUGGAUAUGAUACAAGGCGGUAGUGGCACCACUGUAUGCUUGACCACAAGACCUAGCGGGCUCAAGUCGCAACCGAAGCAGAUCACUCUUCAUCGCGGUCACAGCAAAGAUUCUGCCUGGAUCAACAAGACAUGAGCUGCCGC